AUGGACUUGAAUGGGCAACAUGCCUCCGGGACGGUACGACUUGCUCGCAGUGUUCAGACCAAUGAGCCGGUGGCCAUCAAAAUUAUGAAUUUGACCAAGCAGCCCAAUCGUGAUCUCAUCAUUUCCGAGAUCCAGGUCAUGGAGCACACACGUCACGAGAAUAUCGUGAACUACAUCGAAUCGUUCCUCCUGCGUGAUAAGAACGAGUUGUGGGUUGUCAUGGAGUUUCUUGACGGUGGUCCUCUCACGGAUGUGGUUACGGAGACGAUCAUGGAGACCCCGCUCAUAGCCUCAGUUGUCAAGGAGGUUCUCAAGGCCCUUAACUUCCUUCAUCAAGCCAAUAUUAUUCACAGGGAUAUAAAGUCCGACAACAUCCUUCUGGGCAAGUCCGGGCGCGUAAAGCUUACCGAUUUCGGCUUCUGUGCCCAACUUAGUUCGCGACUGAGCAAGCGCCAGACAAUUGUUGGCUCCCCCUACUGGAUGGCACCCGAGGUCGUGAAUAAGUCCGUUCAGUAUGGCCCGAAGAUCGACAUCUGGUCUCUGGGGAUUAUGGUCAUUGAGAUGCUUGAUGGCGAACCGCCCUACCUGAAUGAAACUCCGCUCAAGGCAAUCUAUUUGAUUCAAACUCACGAUCGUCCGGAACCCAAAACCGAAGACAUUGAUCCCCUCCUAAAGGAUUUCCUGGACCGAUGUUUGCAGUCGAAUCCAGAGAAAAGAGCCAGUGCAGCAGAACUACUGGAGCAUCCUUUCCUUCGAAACACCAAGAGCCUUGCCGGUCUGCAGGCCCUUAUUGAAGCCGCUCGGCAAAACCUGGGCAAGAAGCCCUAA